AACUUCAUUAAAUUAUAAUAAUGUUACUAUCUACGGUUCAAUAAAAUAUUUAUCAUCAAUGUGCUCUAUUAUACAAAUGUUCAAAACAAUUAUCAGUUGUAGUUAAAAACAUGUGGAUAAUACUGACAAAUUUUGAGUUAUCUAAGAAUCAUCUAAUACAUUUAUUUUAUUUAAUAUUAAUUAUUACUACCGAUAGCAACCAAAGGGUUCAAGAAUCUGCUGAUCCAACUAGUAUACUACCAAGUGUGGAGAAAGGAUCAACAGUUUAUGAUGGAAAAGGAGGAACAAAUAACGCAUUUAAAGGAUUAUUUGAAAGGUUAAAUUCUAGAAAUAACAUUCCUCCUACUAGAGAAGAUGAAAUAAAUAGUAUGGACCCUAAAGAAAAUGACAUAGGUGCUGCAGAUAAUGAGAUUGAAAAUCAGAAUGUUGAAGAAGAGGAAGAUCCAUUUAAAGAUACGAAAAUAGGCUUAGAUUCUGAAAACAAUGACGAUGAACCAUUUAAAAAUACGAAAAUAGGCUUAGAUUCUGAAGACGAUGAACGAAAAAAACAAACAAAGUCAGAAAAAAAAAAGAAAAAAAAAAAAAAAAAAGGGAAAAAAAUAUCAGAAAAUGCUGAUGAACAAGUUGUUGAUGAUAAUAACUUAGAAACAGGAGUUGAAUCAAAUACCAUUGUAGGAACAAGUGAUACUCCAGAGUCGACAAUAACAGAAAUAUCAAACCCUGAGGAAAAUCCCACUGAAGAUAUUCAAGGUACGGCACAAAAUCAGAAUCCGGGUGUUGAAGAAAACCCUGAAGAUGGUAGAAAAAAAGCGAUCAGUCAAUUCUUACAAAAUAUAAAUGCUGCCAGAAAUAACAUUCCUAAGACUAAUGAAAAUGAAAUAAAUAAUAAUAAUCCAGAUGAAGAGAAAAUAGGUGUUGAUGAAAAUCCAAAAGAGAUGGAACUCAACUUAAGUCCUGGUUUAAAAACUCCUGGAGACGUUGAACCAGAAGAACAAACAAAUUUAGAAGAAAACAACAAACAAACAUCAGAAAUUAUUGAUGAACAAGUUAUUGAUGAUAAUAACUUAGAAACAGGAGCUCAAUCAAAUACCAUUGUAGGAACAAGUGAUACUGCAGAGUCGACAAUAACAGAAAUAUCUGAUCCUGAGAAAAACCCCAUUGAAAAUACUGAAGAUAUGCCACAUCCAUUGAAGCCAAUUGAGCACUUAGAACUAUCUCCACUCGGUAAAGUAGAAAUCGUAAAAAUUAAAGGAAAUCCAACAAAUCAAAGCGAAGCUAUAAGAAAACAAAAAAAAAGAGCGGAAUUUAAAGAAUUCAUGCCUCAAGAAGCUCAAGCACGCAUAUAUUGUACAUUUUUGGGAAAUGUAUUAAAAAUGUACAAAAAAGUAAAAAAAAGUUUUAUUGGACACUUUUGUCAUGCAAUUGUUUUUGGUACCCCAAUAAUCUUAAAACAACAUCGAGUACACUUGAGCCAAAAUAUGAUAGAUCAACUGAAAAGUGUACAACCAUAUAAACAAGGAAGUCUUGUCAUCGUAAUUAUGGAAUAUGGGAACUAUAAACUUUGGAAACACGCGUUACGAGACACCAACAACUUAAAAAAUAACUUAAUUAUAGAUAUAAUACAUACGGUUGUAAAAUAUAAAAUCGACGGAAUACAAUUUUCAAAUUUACAUCCAACAAAGGAAGGAGCUAAAAUCAAUUCAGAAAUGAUGAAUCAUCUAAUAGCAUUCUUUAAUGCUUUACAAAAGGCUGCAGAGAAUAGAAAACAUGUUUUAAAAAUUGGCAUAAACUUCGAUUUGGACGGUCUGCCAAUCGCAAACAGUUUUACUUCAUUCCAAAAUUUAAAUCCACUGAUCACUUGGUAUUCAUUCAAAUCGAUUUCCAUGGUAACAUGCUCAUCGGCUUACAAGGACACAGGCACUUCUCCGUUAGAAGGAAAUAUGGGAUUUGAAACCACAAUUCAAACAUUAGUCAAGCAUAUUAAUAACAAUUAUGAAUUUGAUAUGAGAAAACUUGUAGUUGGUAUACAAUUGUUUCCAAAUAAAGUUAAAGAGAUACACCCAUACACAUAUGAAGAGUUUUGUUCAGCAUCAAAGAGUACUUGGCACUCGUGGUGUGCUGCGGAUACUCAAGAUCUUAAAAACAAGGGGAUGUUUUUGCGGGGUGUUCAAAUUGGAGGUGUCCAACUUUAUUACAUGCACUCGGACGAUUACAGAUGCACAUGUGGAUGCUACUCGUUCCCGUUGAUCCGCGCACUUCUUCGGGGUUUGAUUAAAAUUAAGACUCCAGAAGAGUGUAGUGUUAAAACGGCACACAACUAAAUACCCUUAAUCAUAUUAAGAGGCAUUAUAUUGUACGUUUCCUUCAUUAAUCAUAAACUCAACAUUAUAUUAAUUAUUAUUGGGCACUUGGAAUAUGAACAUUUCAUAUUGUAUUGUUAUUAUUAUUAUAUAAAUAUUGUAUAUACCUAUUAAAUGCGUAUUCUUGAGAUACACUUAUUCAUUUUGAAUAGCUAAACCUAUAUUGUUGUCUUUUAAUAAUAUUACAGAUGUAUAAUUUUUGUUUUAGACUGUAAGUAUUUACUAUUAAGUUCUUAAUAACCAUGUACUGGGCUCGUACAGUAAUUAUACUGCGACCUCGGGUAUUUAUAUGGCUAUUAUAUAUUGGCUUUGUUUUAAUAGUAAACCAACAUUUAAAUCGUAUA